GCAGUGCCAUAUGUUGCUGAUAGCGCUGUAGCGGGGCAACCGUCCACACCCAGAACCUGUAUGUAAUUUUAUUUACCGGUGAUACAUCUGUAUAGACUAUUUUUCCAGAACUACUUACUGCCUUAAGUAGUGUUUACGGUAUCUACAAAAUCUACACUGCUAUACCCUCUGCUUGAAUGCUGAACUAUGUCUUUGAAGCCAAGAUCUGUUGAUUUCAAUUCAACAUGGCUGAAAUUGUCAGCAACAAUGAACAAUGUCGUUACUUCGAAUCCUGUUCAACGUUCAACAUGGAAUGAAAUGUUUAUGGAUGUCUAUGCAUUGUGCAUCGCUCGUCCUGAGCCAUUGACAAAUGAACUUUAUUCUGGAAUUAAAGAAUUUUUGGAGCAUCAUGUUUCACAACUAUAUGAGAAAAUGAACGCAUCUGAAAAUCUCUUGGGACAAUAUUACAAAUAUUGGGUGGAAUAUAGCAGAGGAGCUCAAUAUCUUGAUCAGUUAUUCAGAUAUUUAAAUCAACAACAUGUUAAAAAAUAUAAACAAACUGCGGCUGAUCUCGAUUAUGAAUUUUCAUUCGAUGUGAAAGAUCCAAUGCUGGAGGUUGGAGAGCUUGCUUUGGAUAUAUGGCACACGGUUAUGAUAGAAAAAGUAUCAGACAGACUCGUUGAACUUCUUUUAAAUCUUAUUGAUGAAGAUCGGGCGAAACACACUGUGGACAAAGCCGUAAUAAAUGGAGUUAUUCAGUCGUUUGUCUUGGUCAAACAUUAUCGGAGGAAGCAACCUUUGAAGCUUUAUGAAGAAUGUUUUGAAGAUAAGUAUUUGGCAAGAUCUGUGGAAUAUUACAAAAUGAAAGCAAGUGAAUUCAUUGAAAGCGAGGAUUGUUCACUGUAUAUGGAAAAAGUUUUGCAACUACUAACAGAAGAAGAAAUGAGAAGUUCAAAUUUCCUUAAUUCUUCAUCAUAUCCGAAAGUCAGAAAGGAAUGCCGUCAAUGUAUGGUAUCUGACCAUAUACAGUUCUUACAUUCAAAUUGCAAAGACAUGAUAAAACAGGAUAGACAAACGGAUCUUCAGCAUGUAUACACUUUACUAAAAAAUGUUCCCGAUGGGUUAGUACAAGUAUGUAAUGAAUUGCAACAACAUAUUGAAGAAACUGGUUUGUCAAUGGUGAAAAAUUUGAAAGAUGAUUCCAGUAUUGCAGCAAGCUUCGUUGAUUGCAUCAUCCAAGUUCAUAACAGGUUUUCGCAAACCAUAACAGAAUGUUUUCAAGAUGACAAACAAUUUACAAGAGCGUUGCAAAAGGCAUGCGGGACUAUUGUCAAUUAUAAAGAAAAACGACAGCCGUGCAGAUCACCUGAAUUGGUGAGCAAAUAUUCUGACAGUUUAUUGAGAAAAGGUGUGAAAGGACUAACAGAUAGUGACAUCGAUGAACGAUUAAAGAACUGUAUUACAGUUUUCAGAUACAUUGAAGACAAAGAUCUUUUUCAAAAAUUUUACAGCCGAAAUCUUGCCAAGCGUCUUAUACACGGACUCUGCAGUUCCAUGUACACUGAGGAAUCAAUGAUAAACAGAUUGAAGAGUGUUUGCGGAUACGAUUUCACAUCAAAAUUACACCGAAUGUACAAUGAUAUGAGACUCAGUGCUGACCUCAACACAAAAUUUUCUGAUUUUUUGACGAAGCAUAACGAAGAUGUGAACAUUAAUUUCAAUGUUAAUGUGUUACAGGCUGGUGCAUGGCCUUUAAACUCAACUCAGACACCUUUCCACCUGCCUCAAGAAUUAACUAAAAGUGUUUUGCAAUUUGAAAAAUUCUAUGGAGAUAAUUUUAACGGUCGGAAAUUAUCAUGGCUACAUCAUCUAUCACAAGCCGAAGUCAGGGUACAAAUAACAAGCAAGACAUAUUUUGUAACAAUGUCCACAUAUCAACUAUCUAUCUUAUUAUUAUUCAACCAAUCUCCAGACCUUUUGUUUUCGUUUAUUGUAAAAUCAACAGGACUGGGAGACAGAGAACUCGAAAAAACAAUAAAUUUGCUCUCGGAUGCAAGAAUACUAAUAAAAGAGAAAGGAGAUGAUGAUGAUACAAAAUUUUCAAUUAAUUUCAACUUUACUAACAAACGCACAAGAUUCAAAAUCGCCGCGGCAACACAAAAAGAUACAAUGCAAGAAGUCCAGACAACUCAUUCGGCAAUUGCUGAGGACAGAAAAUUGUAUCUCCAGGCAGCAAUUGUUCGAAUUAUGAAAGCCAGAAAAACACUUCGACACAAUGAACUUAUGCAAGAGGUGAUUUCACUGUCCCGGGCCAGAUUUUCACCAAGUGUUUCCGUUAUCAAGAAAUCGAUUGAAUCUUUAAUUGAAAAAAGUUACCUCGAAAGAAGUCCCAAUUGUCCGGAUGAAUAUAUGUACCUUGCUUGAUUGAUAUUCUUAUUAUCGAUGCGUUUUGCAUGUUUUGUUACUGUAAUGUUGUCACUACUUUUGAAGGUAGAUGCUUAUGAUUUUUAUUGACCAAACUCUGGGAUUGGAUUUCUACAGAAUUCUAAAAAAUUAUAAAACCAAUUUCUUGUAAUUUUUAAAUAUUAUUAUUUAAGUGUGAAUAACUCGUUUUCUUGUUCUACAUAUCCAUGUCUGUUUAAGUUUGAGCAGGUAAAAUGACUGAGUGUAAAAUGAAUUCUUUUUGUAUGUUUAUUUUUCCUGAAGUUUCCAUUUGCAUUUGAAUAAAAGAUAUUAAAUAUAAAUCUUUUA